AUGGACAAUUGUCGUUUUCUUUUGUCUAUAAACAAACAUUUUUGUGACCAUGGUACAUUAUGAAAAUAGCCAAACAGUAAUUUUCUAGCAACUGCUUUUUGAAAUAGACCAAGUGUACAGGAAAAUCGUGAAUCUGGCAAAACCACACCUGCACAAAAAUACUGUGACGAUCAGAUUAGUCAGAUCCUGAAGAUCUUCGUUUGAAGAAUUGGUCUUCAAACACACUUUACGAGAUUCCAGCUCUGGAGAAGAUGAAGAAAUCACUCUCAGAGGUCUCAAUUGAACAUCCACCUAAUUGCAACCGUGGAACAGCAUCUCACUCACAGUGUGAACAUCAUGGGACUGAAGACCUGCAGCAGGAUUCUCAUCAACCAGUGGAUGAUGUUUUGCAGAGAGUCAAAGACCAACACAAAACCAGUAUGAAGAACAAGUAUGAGAGUUUAUUUGAGGGAAUCAAACAACAAGAGAAUCAAACCCUCCUAAAGAGGAUUUACACACAACUGUACCUCAUAGAGGGAGAGAGUGAAGGAGUGAAUGAAGAACAUGAGGUUUUACACAUGGAGAAAAAACACAGAACACAACACUCACAAGACACAGCAAUCUACUGCAAUGACAUCUUUAAACAUUUACAAGAACCAGGAUGUGAGAAGACAAACAAAAUUAAGAUCGUUCUUACUAAAGGCAUAGCUGGAAUCGGAAAAACCGUUUCUGUGCAGAAGUUCAUUCUGGAUUGGGCAGAGGAAACAGACAACCAGGAUGUAGAUUUCAUGUUUGUGCUUUCGUUUCGAGAGCUGAACUUGAUUCAAAAUGAUAAAGAGUACAGUCUUCACAAACUUCUGCUUGACGUUUACCCUGAACUUCAAGAUCUGGACUCAAAGGUUUAUGAUGAGUGUAAAGUUGUGUUCAUCUUUGAUGGUCUGGAUGAAAGCAGAAUGACACUGAAGUUUUCAGACAUUGAGAAAGUUUCUGAGGUGACUGAGACUUCAUCAGUGCCUGUGUUGAUGUCAAACCUGAUCAAAGGAGAUCUGCUUCCCUCUGCUCUCAUCUGGAUCACCUCCAGACCAGCAGCAGCCAAUCAGAUCCCAUCUGAAUACAUCAACCGUUUGACAGAAAUCCAGGGAUUCAAUGACGCUCAAAAGGAGGAAUAUUUCAGGAAGAGAAUCCGUGAUGAAGAUCAAGCCAGCAGAAUCAUCUCACACGUUAAAAUGUCAAGAAGCCUUCACAUCAUGUGUCACAUACCAGUCUUCUGCUGGAUCUCAUCCACUGUGCUUCAAAACAUCCUGAAACAAGACAACAAGAGAGCAGAAAUCCCUCAAACUCUUACUGAAAUGUACAUCCACUACCUGCUGAUUCAGAUGAACAUGAAGAAUGAGAAGUAUGAUGAGAGAGAUCCAGAGAAACCCCUGCAGUCCAACAGAGAAGUGAUUGUCAAACUGUCUGAACUGGCUUUCAAACAGCUGAUGAAGGGUAAUGUGAUGUUUUAUGAAGAGGAACUGAGAGAUUGUGGGAUAAACAUCAAGGACGCCUCAGUAUAUUCUGGGAUCUGUACUGAGAUCUUUAGGGAGGAAUCUGUGAUACAUCAGAGGAAAAUCUUCUGCUUCAUACAUCUCAGCUUUCAGGAGUUUCUGGCUGCUCUCUAUGUGUUUUACUGCUAUUUAGAAAAGAACAUCAAAUCACUCCAUUUGCUUCUGAAAGAGGGAUAUGAUUCUGAAAAUAAGCAAAGGUCUGAGCAAAUCUCUCUGUCUCGGCUAUUACAUUCAGCAGUAGAUAAAGCCGUUCAGAGUAAAAAUGGACAUUUGGAUCUUUUCCUGCGAUUCCUGCUUGGCAUCUCACUGGAGUCCAAUCAGGGACUCAUACAGGAUCUACUGACACACACGGUGGAGACUUCAGAAACCAUUACUGAAAUCACACAGUGCAUUAAAGAUAAAAUCAAGGAUGAUUUUGAGCUCUUAGCUGACAGAUCCAUCAAUCUGUUUCUCUGUCUGCUUGAAGUAAAUGAUCGGACUCUGUGCGGAGAGAUUGUGAAGUUUGUGACAUCAGAGAAACCCUCAAAGAAGAAACUCUCUGCUGCUCACUGUUCAGCAAUAAACUUUAUGAUUCAGAUGCUAGAGGAGGUUAGAGGACAACUACCUGUCAGCAGAACCGCAGAUGCACUUCUACAGGAGUGCAAUGCAGAAUCUAUAUGUUGGGGAGGUUCGUGUUCACCUUCAACACCUUGAGAUAACUGGACCUGAGUAACCUGAAGGAAACCCAUUCUCUGAUGCUCUCAAGAGUCAACACCCCAAACUACAUACAUGCUUUAGGCAAUGCAUAUUAGGACUGCAAUAUAAAUAUAUUAAGCUAUAGAACUAUAAUUCCUCUCUCUUUCAUUUACUUCAACAUUGUGUCAAUGUACUGUAGUGACACCUGGGAACACCUCUGAGAGAAAAGGCCAAUUAAAAUUGGCGGGUGGAGUUUCAAUGCUAUCGUAGUCUCCAUCACGGAUAUCAAAUUGUAAAUGGAAGAUGACAUGGACCGCUCAUUAAGACUCUUUAGAAACAAAUGUUGUUGUUUUUUUGUGGUUCAUGCUGAUAUGUAAUUUAAGAGAAUCUCUGCUGGAUUUUGGAGUUUAUUUCAAGGUGUUGAAAAAACUGCAUAAGGGUAAUGUGUACUGUGAGAACAAUUAGAAAGUUGUCUGCUCGCAGUAUCUUCUGCCGACCACUCUGCGUAGCGCUGUAUGUAGUCGAAAACACCUCAUCUGCAGGGCGAGCACUGUUUAACAAUAGCAAUUUACUAACAACUACUGACAAAACUUCAAAUGUUUGUACUGCUUUUUAUGUAUAGUGUGUAAACAUUUUAUAUUUCAUGCAAAACAACAAAUAUGCUGUAAAAAUUUAGUGGCGAGGCCAGAAAUUUUAAACUGAAUGGACCUCGGUGAAAUAGGUUGGACCUUAAUGCCUACUCUCAGAUUACAUAAUUUUACAAUAUAAUGGAUUUAACAGAUUACAUUACGUCUUUUUUAAUCAUGGAUCAAAUAGUUUUCUGGGCACGGAUCCAUAUACUGACACAGACAUCUGAUU